GACCAUUAAUGGUGUCGCUGUUGGCUAUGCUAAAGGGAAAUUGAAACACUUACCGUUCAAUCCAAAGUUAACAGUCGACGUGAUACCAGCUGACAUGGUAAUCAAUGCUCUUAUAAUGGCCAUGGUGGAAUGUGCAAACCGAUCCACUUCUUCAGAAAUCAUUUAUCAUGUAGGAUCUUCAUUGAGAAAUCCGUUCAAAUUCUCAAAUUUUCAAGAACUAAGCAUGCGUUACUUCGUUCAAAAUCCGUUGAUUGACAAAGAUGGAAAGCCAAUAAAGGUUGGCGAGUUUACAGCUUUCAGCUCCAUGGCUAGUUUCCGUAUAUACAUGUCGAUUCGUUAUUCGUUGCCAUUAAAGCUAUUCCAUCUAGCAAUAAAUACUGUUUUAUUCCAGAAACGCUACAAGGACAAGUACAAUACUCUUGACAGAAAAUUGAAACGUGUAAUGCGAUUAGCUGAGCUCUAUGAACCUUAUGGGUUCUUUAAGGGCAUAUUUCAUGACGCAAACUCGGAAAAGUUGCAAAUUGUUGCAAGAGAGACUUGUUCAGAUGCAGAUGCCUUCAAUUUUGACCCCACAUGUGUCAAUUGGGAAGCUUACAUGAUGGAUGUUCAUUUUCCGGGUCUUGUAAAAUAUGUGCUAAAAUGAUAUAUUGCAAGAGAGCAUAUGCAUGGUGACAUUAAUCUGGGCAUACUGUUCCUACGAAUUGUUUUAUAAGUGAUUGUAAUAUUUGGAGUUUUUCAUUAUGAUGAAAACUAAAAUUAGUGGACAAAAUAAAGUAUCCAAUAAAAGUGCAAUUUAAUAUAUUAACUGUACGUUGUUAAA